AUGGACAUCAAGAACCAGAAGCUGUUGCAGCAUCACCAGCAUGCUAUCGUCAAAGAUCUAGACGUAAUGUACAUCCUCGACGAGCUGUUCACCAAGAAUGUAGUAUCGACCGAAGACUUUGAGCACAUUUGUAACUUGAGAGACCGCGAAGAUCGUACGAAAUAUCUUCUUAAAGUGAUCAAAAAUGGUGACAAUAACACAUUCGAAGAAUUCGUAGAUAGCUUAGCAAAGGACUACAAUUGGUUGUGGAAAAAACUAGCGACCGGGAAUAACAAAGAAAUGAUCGAAGACGGCUACGAAGACAGUUUGAGUAGAGGAGAUGUGCCGAGACUUCCCGAACACUUCAUUAGAAGAACGAAUUUAGAGCAAAAUGUCCUAACGAAGCUAAGGAUCCUGCCUCGACAUAAAAUCCUCGGUCUCCAUGGUAUGUCAGGAUGCGGCAAGACUAGUCUACUCAUAAGUGUGUUACGAAAUAACUCGCAACUUAUUACGUCUGACUUCAACGGCGUGGUGUACUGGCUCAAUUUUAGCAACUGUAAGACUGAAGACGACAUAAUUGCUCAACAAAAUAAGUUGUAUCGCAAAGCAUUACUGCUUUCUUCUCACAAUUCACACAUGAACUCAUCUAUAUCCAUGUCAAGUAUCGGAUCGAACUCGGACUCGUUUAACAGUUACGAAUGGACAUGGCAAGAAUUAAAAGAUAGACUGAAAACUUUAUUCGCAGAACAAUCAUUAAAAGAUGCUCUCCUAGUUUUGGAUGAAGUAAAUGAGACCAAAUGUCUUGAGGCAUUCGAUAUUGGCUGCAAGAUUGUAGUAACAACUAGAGAUUCGGGUGUGCUGGCUAAUUUUCAUCCGCAGAUAAUUAAAAUAGAAAAUUACUUCUCCGAGGAAGAAUCGCUCGCGUUAUUUGCAUCAUGCUUACAAAUCCCUGUGUCCGAAUUACCGCGACAGGCAAAGAAAUUACAUGAAAUAUGUAAAGGAAGUCCCUUCCACAUAGCUUUACUGGGAGCAGAUCUAGCGGAAAACAAAGAGAGAUUAAUUCACGAUACCAGGCACUGGAAUUAUUAUUUGAGUAAAAUAGAGAAGAAAGAAUUUAUCUUCAAUUUGACACGACCUAACAUUGACCCGAUGAAAACAAUCGAAGUAUGCAUUAAUUCGUUAAAACCGGACAUCUUACCGUUAUUCAAAAUGCUAACAAUAUUACCCGACAACGUAAAGAUAACAACUAAAGUGUUGAGUAAACUGUGGAACAAACCGAUACUUGAUGUUAACAUCAUUAUGAAGCAACUACGAAGCAAAUCGCUAAUAAUUGAGUCCUACGAUAAAGAUCGAUUGAACUAUUUGUAUGAAAUACACGAUUUAAUUAUGGGUUAUUUACGUAGUUGUGCUGAUGAGGAUGAAUUAAAACAAUUACAUGAAGAUUUCCUAAAUAGCUACAAUUAUACCAGUGUAAAUGAUGCUCCAGUAGAAAUUGAAGACGAUGGUUACAUAGCCUUUUAUAUUGGUUACCAUUUAGCGAAUACGAAAAACUUAAACCAUAAAUGGUUACUGUUUAACAGGUUAUAUUUGGAUUUGAAGUUUUUGGGUAAUAAGGCGAGACUUACUGGACCCGCUGAUGUUAUACUGGAUCUGCAGAAAUAUGAAAGUUAUAUAGUAAACGAUGAACUCGACAGAACGCUACUUUUUGGUAUUAAAGAGUACUUAAGUACACAUGGAAUAGAUCUAUACCGGUACCCUUGUACAGAUAUCAUACAAAAUAUCUUACAAAAUGAGUCGAAGGGAAUUCUCUACACCAAAGCCUGGCAGAUUGCUCAAGAGAGAUGUGCCAACAAUGAGUUGUAUUUUGAGUUCAUGCACGAACAAAAUGUAGAAGAAAUAAGACACUCGACGAUUGAUGUCAAGGAAUCCAUUACAGCAGUUUGUUUCCUCGGCGAUUAUGUAGUAGUUGGUACUGUUACUGGAGCUAUAAAGUUCUUCCACAUCGGCACAAACAAGUUAAAAAAGGAGUUGUUGAGCUCCGGAUCGCCCAUCAAGUGGCUGGGGGCUUGCCCCAUCAACCCCCCAUUCGUGGCGGCGCUCGCCUACGACGGCGUCAUCAAGCUGUGGUACGUCGACGACGUGGAGCACGACGGGGCCGGGGACAUCAUUGAAGAAGAAGGCGACGAAUCCCUAAACAAUAAUUACCCGAGCAAUGAGACAAUAGCACCCAAACUCGGUCCUUUUAUCAACUGUCGAUGGGCCAAUAAUGAAGAAACCUUAAUAACUCAUACAUCAAAGAUGAUUGUAUUGUGUAGUACAAGAGGCAAUGUUCUAUACCUACUAGACAAUUUGUACAGAGACAAAGAUAUACUCUGCUGUGUACCGUCUAAUUGUGAUAAGUAUGUGAUAGUAGCUACGAGUAACAGUAAUCAUACUUUGGAAAUAAUUGAUCUUAAGACCAAAGAAAAGCGGAUUUAUGAAGAAACGGAUACAGUAUUGGAUAUUGUGACUGUACCUGGUAGCAACAGGAUUUUAACAUUAAAAAAGAAGGAAGUUACGGAGUACGAAUGUAAAACUCUGCGAAGAUUUAUCCAAAAUAGCACUGCUUGUACUUGUAAGACCGUCAUAACCAAUAAUAUCGUGAAGGAAAGCGUUACUUUUCUGUCGAUGGCUGUGAACAAGACUGGGACGCUCCUGUUUGUAUCGACGGACGAUAGUCGUAUUAUUUGCGUUAAUUUGAAGACGAACACGUAUCUCUUCGAUUUAGAAAAUAGGAGAGGGAACGCGGUGUCGCUGUCGACGAGCGAGGUGGUGUCGUGGGACGAGCUGCAGCCGGGCACGGACGCGCUGCUGUCGGGCACGGCGGGGCGCGAGGCGUGCGCCAAGGUGUGGUACCUGGACGCGGCCUACGGCGCGCUGCACCCGCCCCGGGACCCCGGAAAAGUUCGUUUAACAACAAUUUUCGACGCAAGUUUCAUCAAUACUCUUUCGCCUCAAACACCAAAUUCAACGCCUGCGAAUAGUGCACCACAGAGUAGCAACAACACUCCGAAGCGACACCAAUCGUUCGUCAGUCAUAAAGAAGUUAAGAAAGUUGUGAAAUCUACGAUGAGCUUAGAUCGGUACUCGUUGAAACCAUUAAAUUUAAAAGGGAUAUCUAAUGGAAAUAGUGAUGGAGCGUAUCAGCCCUUGUUGGCUGUUGUCGAUGAGAAAAACAAUAUACAGUUAAUGCGUGGAAGAAAACUUAUAACUGAAAUAUUAUCAAAUUCCGAUGACAAUAUCACAAAAAUCAAAAUAUCGCCUUGUAACCAAUACAUCAUAUACGGUUUUAAUUCCGGCAUCGUCAAAAGUUAUACCUUACAAAAUAAGGAGAAAAAAGACAUAAUGAAUGUCAAUAGUGCAGUUAAAUAUAUGAACUUUGUGAAUCAAGAUCUAAUGAUGGUGGCGGGAAAGAAUCGAUGUCUUAUGGCAUAUAGGUUGAUGGCAGACGGUCAAUGGAAACCUAAGAUGCUACAGAAAGGAAAUACUAACCUCGGAUCUCAAGAAAUUUUAAACGAUAUAAAUGGUUGUAAGAAGAAAUCCAGUCACUCGGAUAAAAUAUCUAGCUCAGGAAGCGACACGAGCCUUGGUUCAAAAGACCGUCUUUUCCCUAGUAGUGAUCUCAACAGUCGCCUUUGCAAAGGAAGCACAUUAGUCGACUGCUACUGGAUAAACCAACGAGGACUUAUUACCAUUGAAUCCAAUGGUACUAUAAAACUAUGGGAUCUCGACUUAAAUUUGGCAAGCGUCCUCAGUGGAAGACAAGCAGAUGUUUGCAUUUAUUGUUCUGCGUUCCAGAACAACGUGUUAGUUUUAUGCGACGAUUAUAAUUUAGCUUUUCAAAUAUACAAGCUCAAAGUAGAAGAUCAAGUUGUGCUCGAAACAAUUCAAGAAAGUAAACUUAAUAACAGAAUAUACUCUUGCGCUCUCACCGAGGACGGUAACAUGCUAGCUAUGGGGCUUGAUUCUGGUGAUAUUGUGCUGUGGAACGUGCACGGCAAGCGGCAGCUGAAGCUGCUGCGGCAGCACAAGGCGCGCGUGCAGUGGUGCGGCUUCUCGCCGGCGCCGGGCCGCGCGCGCGCCGCGCCGCCGCUGGUGCUCGUGAGCCUGGCCGCCGAGGUCGUGUGGUGGGACGUCUCCGCCGUCGUGCGCCGCGCGCGCGACUUCAUCCGAACGGGCCUCAACGUAAUCACACCGUUGGCGAGCCCGAUAGACUUUUCGAGAAGCGAUACCCAGACAAACGACAAUUCAAGCAUAGAUUCCUCUAAUAAUUUCUUUUUCGGAGAUAAUCUACUUAACCCACAAUUAUCUUGGAAAGUUAACUGGAGAAAUAAAACGUUCAAAGAAAAUUCCAAAAGAAAAGAAAUACUGGCCUGCAUAAAAUUGUCAGGGAUGAACGCAAAAAAAAUUUGCCUCGACGAGAAUUUUUCCUGCUUUGUGACUGUCGACAACCCUGGACAUAUUCAUAUCAUGAAACUAAUGAAUGCUCCUUCCACGUAGCACAGAGACGGCCUUAUCAAUGAAUUAAUUCUAAAUGUCCUUGUUAUUCAUAAAACGAUAAACAAAUAAUAUAAAUUCUUGCAUUAUGUGACAAGAUCAUUAAUUUAAAUCAAUCUGUUAUUUAUUAUGAAAUUUGUAUAAACUUACAUGAGUCUCAAAAGCAAAGACGGUUGUUCUUAGUUGCAUUUAAACAUACGUACAUCGAUAAUACUUUAUGUGAACAAACAUUUUUUAUUAUUUUAUGUUAAUUUUUUAUUGAUGUUUUAAAAUGUAAUAAUAUUGAGUAUUAGAGAUAGUAAUGCUCUCUGCCUUUGUGAUACUUGGGUAUAUUAUGAUCACAGUAUAGAACAAUUAUAGUAUAAUAUAAGCUGCCAUUUUAUAACGUAACUAAGGAGGAUAUAAUUAUGAUGUUUUUAUAAGUCAAUUUUAACAACGAACAAUCAACAAGAAAAAAAAUGUUAUUUAGAUUUUAAUAAGUAAAUUAGACUAAGAAUGUUAAAAUAAUUUUUUAAACAAAUUUAUGCCAAUAAUUCUAUACAAUAAUUUUGCUUCCCACCAGUCUGUUUUUACAUAAUAAUUAUAAUCGUAUAAAAUACUUAGAAAUAAACUAAAAAACCUCAUGAAAUUAUCUGGCACAUCAAUAAACAAAUAUAAUUAUUAUUGAAAGAAACUUAAGAUAAGAUUUGUGUUAUAAAAAACAAUAAAUUGGAAUCUUUUUUUCAGUAAUUUUUUUUUUAUAUUUGUAUUGAUGUAGAUAUGAAUUAAAAUUAAUACCUAAAUUUAAAGCUACGUACAUAAUUAUAUCAUUUUUACUGCAUUUAGUAAAGCGGUGCCAUUUGGUAAAUGAUUGUAAAUACUAGGCUUAAUGUUUACCUUAAAAUUUUUGUCAAUAAAAUGUUUAAUGUGUCUAAAACAUUACAAAAGGUUAUUGUUAAUGGUGCUAUAAAUGUAUUUCAAGUAGUAAGUUUCAAGUUGGAAAGUAAUAAUAUUGAAAAAAUGUUUUGUUAAAGUAAUUAUAACUUAAGGAAACAACAAUGCUCAAAUAUUGCAUUUGAUAUCUGUUCCUAAUUUUUUUGUUUAUUAUUAAUUUGAUUUCAGUGCGUAAAUUCCAGUAAACUUAAUUCAUAAUAA